AUGGCUCCACCUGCCCAAAUUGGCCAGACGGCGGCGAUCUGUCUAAGCGUCAUACAUCCAUGGAUCACCAUUCGGGGGAUAUUAACACACUACUACAAUAACCGAUACAUCUCCUGGCCACUCCCCCCACGACCAAGCGUCGAAAUCGCCAUUCCCUCAAAAGUCAGCAAAACCCCAGGAUCAAUCCAACUCUACUUCUUCACUGCACCCUCAAAGCCCCUCUGUCCCCGCAAGCAAACGCAAAAAUUACCGCCCCGCCCCGUACUCAUUAACUUCCACGGCGGCGGCUUCUCAAUCGGCCACGCACGCGACGAUUCCCGGUGGGCAGGAACUGUACUAAAAGCCUACCCCGAUGCCGUGAUCGUAAGCGUUAACUACCGCCUAGCUCCAGAACGACCCUUCCCCGUCCCGCUGGAGGACGGCGUCGACGCCGUACUAUGGCUAUGGCAAGAAGCACAGAAGUACAAUUUCGACAAAACGCGCUUCACACUCAGCGGAGCCAGCGCAGGCGGGAAUAUCGCUCUAGCACUACCAUUCCGACUACAUGAGGAACUACAGAAAAAGCGCUGGGCGUCGUUACGCGGGGAGAUGGCGUUGGCCGGCUUGGUAGUAUUCUAUCCCAGCACGGACUGGACACGAACGCGGGUAGAGCGUGAUGCUACGAAUCCUAUUGCUCCGCAGAAAUCCAUUAUCUCGCCUUCUUUAUUCAAGUUCUUCGACGAUUCCUACCUUCUCCCUGCUAGCCUACCGAAACGGCCCGGUACGGAUCGGGUGGAUAUGUCGCAUCCUUAUCUUUCGCCGGGUUUGGCGCCUGCGUCUCUGUUGCAGGAGACAUAUCCGCCUAUUGUGGCGGUUUAUACUUGUGGGUGGGAUCAGUUACUUGUUGAGGGGAAUACGUUCCGGGAAAGGCUUGGUGGGUUUGCUGAAGAAGGGAAGAUGGCAGGUGUAGGCGGGUUUGUGGUUGAGGAUGUUGUUCAUGGGUUUGAUAAGAAGCCCUCUUUUUGGAGGGGGAAUGAAGCGCGCGACAGGAUGUAUGAUGAUGCUGUUAAUCAGUUGAAAUUAAUGUGGAAGAUUGAGGUAAUUUCCGAGCCUUGA